CAGUCCCUUUCAAGUGCUGACGACGAUCCCCUCAAAAUCCCCACCAACAGAACCCCCAAAAAACCAAAAUUCCUCCCUUUAAUAAUCCCUUCAUCUCUAUCCAAUCCCCAAAACAACAUCGUCAACCUCAAAAAAUGUUAGGGUUCCGAGCUCGAUACUUUCUCCUAAUGGCGCUGGUGCAGCUUGCAGCAGCAGCGACACUGAUCUCGGCCUCCUCCUUCGAGCCCUUCAACGUGAGCUACGACCACAGGGCCCUAAUCCUCGGCGGCCGGCGGCGGAUGCUCAUCUCAGCCGGCAUUCAUUACCCUCGCGCCACCCCUCAAAUGUGGCCCGGACUGAUCUCUAAGAGCAAGGAAGGUGGGGCAGAUGUGAUACAAACUUAUGUAUUUUGGAACGGCCAUGAGCCAAGCAGAGGUCAGUACAAUUUUGAAGGAAGAUAUGAUCUUGUGAAGUUUGCAAAACUGGUGGGCUCAAAUGGGCUUUAUCUUCAUCUCCGCAUUGGCCCUUAUGUUUGUGCAGAAUGGAAUUUUGGGGGUUUCCCAGUUUGGUUGCGUGAUGUUCCGGGCAUAGAAUUCCGGACAAAUAAUGCGCCAUUCAAGAACGAGAUGAAAAAGUUUGUCAAAAAUAUCGUGAAUCUGAUGAAGCAGGAAAUGCUUUUCUCUUGGCAAGGUGGUCCUAUCAUCUUAUUGCAGAUUGAAAAUGAAUAUGGAAAUGUUGAAGGCUCAUAUGGUCAGGGUGGGACAGAAUAUGUCAAAUGGGCCGCAAAUAUGGCACUUAGCCUUGGUGCAGAUGUUCCCUGGGUCAUGUGCAAGCAAACAGAUGCUCCAGAAACUAUUAUUGAUGCCUGUAAUGGAUUUUACUGUGAUGGAUUCAAGCCAAAUUCAUAUAAGAAGCCUGCUCUUUGGACUGAAGAUUGGAAUGGAUGGUAUGCAUCUUGGGGUGGAAGACUGCCUCAUAGACCUGUUGAGGAUAAUGCAUUCGCUGUAGCUCGUUUUUUUCAGCGCGGUGGAAGUUUUCACAAUUAUUACAUGUUUUUUGGAGGAACAAACUUUGGCCGAACCGCUGGGGGACCCCUCCAAACGACCAGCUACGAUUAUGAUGCUCCAAUAGAUGAAUAUGGUCUUCUAAACCAACCUAAGUGGGGCCAUUUAAAGGAUUUGCAUACAGUUAUCAAGCUUUGUGAACCUGCUCUUAUAGCAGUUGAUGAUGCACCACUGUAUGUAAAGCUGGGACCAAUGCAAGAGGCACACAUUUAUUCCAAUGGCCAUGUCGACACCAAUUCGAGCCUGCCCAUAAAUAUAAGUAUCUGCUCUGCUUUUCUUGCUAACAUCGAUGAGCACAGAUCAGUUGCGGUGAAAAUAUUUGGUGAAGUUUAUACGCUACCACCCUGGUCAGUAAGCAUAUUGCCGGAUUGUAAAAAUGUGGCUUUCAAUACUGCAAAGGUAGGUGCUCAGACUUCAAUAAAACAAGUGGAAAUUGGUUCCCCUGCCUAUCCAUACACUGCAGGACCUGGGCACUUGUCGCCAAAGAUGGGAGGAUUUCAUGAUGUGAAGAACUGGAUGACCUUCAAAGAGUCGAUUGGUGCGUGGAGUGCUAAUAAUUUCACUUCACAGGGUAUAUUAGAGCAUUUAAAUAUGACAAAGGACACCUCUGAUUAUUUAUGGUAUAUGACCAGAGUUCACGUCUCUGAUGAAGACAUAUCAUUUUGGGAGGAAAAAGGCUUACUUCCAUCGAUUACUAUUGACAGCAUACGUGAUGUGGUCCGAAUUUUUGUGAAUGGUCGUCUUGCAGGUAGUAGACAUGGUAAAUGGAUUAAGGUCGUCCAGCCUCUUUAUUUGAUUCCGGGAUUCAACGAAUUAGCUUUAUUAUCUGAGACCGUGGGAUUGCAGAAUUAUGGUGCUUUUUUGGAGAAAGAUGGAGCUGGACUUAGGGGACAGAUAAAAUUGAUUGGCAUGAAAGGUGGGGAAAUUGACCUUUCCGGCUCCCUUUGGACGUAUCAGGUAGGAAUGAAGGGGGAGUUGAAAAAAAUAUAUGAUCCAGAGGCACAACAAAAUGCAGAUUGGACUGCUCUCCAGCUUGAUAGUUUACCAUCAGCAUUUACAUGGUAUAAGACUUCUUUCGAUGCCCCUGAAGGCAAUGAUACCGUCGCUCUUGAUCUGGGGAGCAUGGGAAAGGGCCAGGCUUGGGUAAAUGGUCAUGGCAUUGGAAGGUUCUGGUCAUUGGUAGCCCCUAAAACUGGAUGUCCCAGAAGUUGCAACUAUCGUGGAGCUUAUAAUGAAGACAAGUGCACAACAAACUGUGGGGAGCCAACUCAAACCCGGUACCAUAUUCCAAGAGAAUGGUUACAGCCUUCAAACAAUCUCCUUGUGCUCUUUGACGAAACUGGUGGAAACCCAUUAAAGAUUUCCCUGAAGGUGCACUCCACCAAAACAGUAUGUGCAAAAAUGUCUGAACACUAUUAUCCACCACUCUCUGCCUGGUCUAUUCCAGAUUCAGCUGGUGGAAAAGUGUUGCUCAACAAAACUUCACCGGAAAUGCACUUACGCUGUGAUGAGGGCAAGAAAAUCUCUGCUAUAACAUUUGCAAGCUAUGGGACUCCAAGUGGCAGUUGCCGAGGGUUCUCCAUCGGAAAAUGCCAUGCACAAAGCUCACUAUCGGUAGCAUCUAAGGCUUGUAAAGGGAGGAAUAGAUGCAGUAUUAGUGUCUCGAACGAGACGUUUGGUGACCCAUGUAAGGGAACCAGCAAGAGUUUAGCAGUACAAUUAGAGUGUAGCUCGGCAUCAGAUACCGGACUUCUCCGUAGCUCCAUGUAGCAUAUGCAAAGCUAUAACUGCUGUAUGUGAAGCACCCACAAUGCUGUAGAGAACAGUUGCAUACACAGUAACUUGUAUGUUGAUGUUUUGUAUAGUGGGCUGGGAAGUGGAAGCACCUUCUGUGCUUUCCCAAGGUUGCAAUUUACAUUUAGGGGUUUUUGUCUUUUAAACCCAAAAGUUUACUCAUUUAUCUUUGAACCCACGUACUUCUAGUAAUACCCAUACGUCCAGGAUACUUCAUAAUGUA